UGGGAGCUGUCCGCGGACCCAGUGCUGAAGUCUACGCGGACGUGCAGUGCCCGGGCGGUCCCCGACGCCUGUUGCCCCUGCCAGCCAAGACCAUGGCGUUCAUGGUGAAGACCAUGGUGGGUGGCCAGCUAAAGAACCUCACCGGGAGCCUAGGGGGCGGCGAGGACAAGGGAGAUGUGGACAAGUCGGCCGCCGAGGCGCAGGGCAUGAGCCGAGAGGAAUACGAGGAGUAUCAGAAGCAACUGGUGGAAGACAAGAUGGAGCGGGAUGCACAGUUCAUGCAGAGGAAGGCAGAGCGGGCCACGCUUCGGAGUCAUUUCCGAGACAAGUACCGGCUGCCCAAGAAUGAGACAGAUGAGAGCCAGAUUCAAAUGGCAGGCGGGGACGUGGAGCUGCCCCGGGAGCUGGCCAAGAUGAUCGAGGAGGACACGGAGGAGGAGGAGGAGAAGGCCUCGGUGUUUGGGCAGCUGGCCAGCCUUCCCAGCUUGGAUAUCAGCUCCCUCAAGGACAAGGCCCAGACCACACUGGGAGACCUCAAGCAAUCGGCUGAGAAGUGCUACAUCAUGUGACCAUGUCCCCUGGGGUGGCCACUGGGACAACCAGAGGGAUGGGCCCCAUGAGGGCCAAAAGGGUGUCAUCUCAAUUCCAGGGACCUGUGCCCCACUGGAGCUCUGUUAUCUGCCCCAGCUUGGUCUCUGACCCUUCUCACCCAUGCCCAAGCUGCCUCUGGUGUCUCCCUCUCCAUGGGAGCAAGUUCCCGUUCCUCACCCUGUCCUGUGGGACGCUGGCCCCCAGUCAGCCUGAGAGACCUCCAAGUCUGUAGGAAAGAGUUGGUCCUCUCUGGGUGUGGCCCGCUUCCUGAACACAGAUGCACUUACAGAGGGACACAAAACCACACACAGACACCCACCCCCCAUACUCAGCAAUUCCAAGCACUAGCCCCAGGUACUAUGGGCAGCCUCCUUAGCAGACAGGAGGCUGCAUUCCAGUCUACCUUUAUUGAUUAAAGCUGCUCUUUCUGGCCUCAUCUCAUUGUCUGUAAAAUGGGAACAGACCAGGUGACUUCUGAGAUUCUGGCAUGGCAUUCUGGCCACGUGGAGCGGAGCCCACAGCCCUCCUUGGGCAAAGCAGCAGCUGCACUGCAGCCGCUAGCAGCUGCCACUCAAGCUCUGGAGCUGAGCAAUGCUGAGAGGGGCAGGGUGCCAAGGAUGAGGCUGGCACUGAGCAGUAGCCCAGGCGGCUCCAGGCCUCUCUGGGCCCAGGGCCCAGCCAAUUUCUGUUCUGUUCCUGUAGAACUCUCUUUGGAUUCCACAGCCAGAAUUACUUCUCCCAGCUCAGUGAGAAAUAAAAAUUCCAGAUGACAUGGCCAUCUUCCCACUGCUUCCUGACCUUGAGUAUGGGAGGUCAUGGUCCCCAGAGACUGCCCUUGGAGGGGUGUCCUCUUUCUCUUCACCUAUGACUUCCUAGGAGGGAGAGGACAUCAGUGCCAGAGGAUAUUGGUCCCAGCCCCUAUAGGAAAUUCAGGCACUCCCCUUGCAGGGGCCUGGGUAAGGGUGCAGCAGGUCCAGCCUGGGGGUGAGUGAACUAGUAUGGGCUCAGGGGCUGGGGUGAAUGUGGCAGCCAGCUGGAUGGAGUUGUGUGUGGCAAGGUGGGGCCUGGGGGUAUUACCUAAGACCACAGCUGUCUCUAGCCCUCGUGCUUGUAUCCAUCCCCAUGAUGCAACAGAUACACAGAGGGAAUCAGAAGAUGGCAAAGCAAAUGUGUUUCACUCCAGCAUGCUGUGUGGCUUCCUCCAGGUCCUUUCCCUCUCUGAUCCCACCCAGAAUAACAAUGAUACUUGUUUC